AUGAGGGGAGGGUCCACUCGGCCAUUGGCGCUGGUGGUGGCCUCGGUCGUUGGCUCCUUGGUAGCUGCGAGGCGUGUGGUGGAAAGUGAGCCUAGCAGCAGCGUCUCGCGCUCCCUGAAGGCCUUUCGGAAGAAGGCAGCCCCCGGCGUCAGUGCGGCCGCCUCGUCUCCCGAGGAGCACCUGGUCACCGCCCUGCCGGGGCUCAAGGACAAGGACUUCCCCACUAAGCAGUAUGCCGGCCACAUCCCGGUCGUGGACGGGUUCCACUUCUACUGGCUGUUCGAGAGCGCGAGCUCGGACCCUUCGUCCGACCCCCUCGUGAUAUGGCUGAACGGCGGGCCGGGCUGUUCAAGCAUGGACGGGUUGUGGCUUGAGAACGGUCCUUUUCGAUUACAUGACUCCGGGGAAGGCAUCGACGUCAAUCCCUAUAGCUGGCACAACGUGGCAAACGUUUUGUAUGUGGACCAGCCGGUCGGCACUGGUCUCAGCUUCACCACCAACGGUAACUACGCCGACAACGAUCUCCAGGUGGACGAGCAAUUCUACCUUUUUCUGUCGAACUUUCUGGAGCUCCAUUCUCGGUUCAAGGCCGGGAGCGGCAAGUCCCGCCCGAUAUUCUUCACGGGCGAGUCUCACGCAGGGCACUACAUCCCUUCCAUGACGGCCUACAUUCUGGCCAAAAACGAAGCCGCUGGAGAGGGAGAGCUGGUUGUCGACGUCCAGGGAAUGAUGAUCGGCAACGGGUGGUUCGAUCCAGUUUCCCAGUACGACGUGAGCGACUUCGCGUUCGGGAUGGGACUGAUCGACUCCGGGCAGAGGCGGGGGCUGAAGAAGCAGGAGGAGAGCUGCCUAUCAUUGAUCGAAGCCGGAAACUACAACGACCAUGGUUGCUUGGGAUUGAUGGAUUCGGUCAUAGCCGCCAGCAACGCUAGGAAGGUCGGGGUGCCCAGGGUGUCCAUGUACGACGUGCGCGACUACGAGCUCGGCAGACAGUUUCCCCCCGGACACGCGACCGUCGAGGCGUAUCUCAAUCGGAAGGACGUGAGGGCGGCGAUCCACGCCUCCAGCUGCCCCAUCAAGUUCCAGGAGUGCACAGACCAGCCCUUUGUUCACCUUUCAAAGUGGGACGGGCUGGGGGUGACGAAAGAGUUGCGGUCGAUCCUGAACGCGGGCGUCCGAUCCCUCUUCUUCAACGGACAGUACGACCUCAUUUGCAACCACGUGGGCAACCUGAAGGCUCUGGAGAGACUAGGGGACUGGACGGGCGACAAGGAGUGGGAGUCUGCGAGACGGGGAGUGUGGCUGUCUGACGACAACGAAAAAGGGCACGGGGGGCACCGCCGGCCGAUAGGAUACGUCAAGGAGAAACGCGGGAACCCGCUGACCUUCCUGCUAGUCCUAAACUCCGGGCACAUGGUCCCGCUCGACCAACCGCGCGCCGCCCUGGACAUGCUCAAGCGGUUCCUCUCUGGAGACGCGUUUUCCGACGGCGAGCAGGCCCUGGCCAGCGUCGGACGCUGCGACCCCAGCGACGAAGACUGCGACGAUGCGGGACUCCCCGCCGACUCCCACCCCGCCGUCGCGCUCGUCCCCGGUACCGGCGGCGGCAGCGGCCGAGGCGGCGGCGGCGCAACCCCGCCCGCUCCGAGGAUCGUAGGCACGCCCCUGGUGCGGCGGGACUCGGCCGUCGUGGAGUUCGCGCCCGGGGACGAGCAGGACGGGGCAGGAGGGGCUUCGCUUGCCGCUACCGGCGGCGGCGGCGGCGGCGGCGGCGGCGAGGCCGCGGUCGUCUUGUUCGAGGCGCGCAGCAGCCCUGACGGGCUCGUGGGAACCGGCCCAACGUCGCCGGUGGUUGUGGAGGGGCUCACCCCCGGCAGGACGUACACGUUCGCCGUCACCGCUGUCUACGCGGAGGCGGGGGCGGCGGCAGGCGAGGGGGGCGGGGCGCGCUCGGUCCCUUCGGUGGGGUCCCCGGCGGUAACCCCGGGCUGCGGCGAAGACGACGGCGGCGGCGCGUGCGGCGGGCACGGGGCGUGCAGGGAAGGGGGGCACGAGGGCAUCUGCGUCUGCGAGAACGGGUACGGCGGGGACGUGUGCGACGUCCUCUUGGCGGCCGGCGGCGGGCUGAAGGGCGGCGGCGGCGGCGGCGGCGGCGGUAGCAGCGGGGGGUCGUUCGUCGGUCCGGACGGGUACGUGGGUGAUAUCAAGCUCUUGCUGGAGGAGGACAUCCCUAUGCUCAAGAGUACAGGCACGACGAAGUGCAACGGGUGCGGAGUGGGGAUACAGUUUCUCCUUCGACCUGGGUCGUUCCGAGACCCUGAGUUCGUCCUCGCCAUCAGAACGCCGCGGGUGCUACCGCCUGACGGAAACGCCGAGAACGGGGAUACCAUCCCGUCUUCUAGCAUAGCGGCGUUGGAUGAGCAAGGGUCGGCGUUUUCGGCCCUUCUGCGAUCAGACGUGGGCCAGGCGCUCGGGGUUUCGAUGAACGUGGUCGAAGUGGGAGGCGUUACUCCGGCCGGGGAGACGCUCGUGGACUGGGGGGCUUGGGAGCAGUGGGGAACGGGGGCGUUGAACGUCUCCGUGGUGGUCGAUAGCGACGCGCCAGAGGAGACGGGCAGAAGGCUGCUGUCGGCGUGGAACGAACCAUCAUCUCGGCUCCACUCGGGCACGAUAACGGGACUCAUCGACUUCUCAAGGGGAGCGGAAGUGACCGCGGUGGUGUUGUCGACCGCCGCCUUCUCCCGGAAGGGCGGCACCGCCGCCGCCGACUUCAAGGGUCCCACUCUCCUCGCCACAUUCCUGUACGUGGUGUGCUUCGCCCUGGCCAUCCCCGCCUGCGGGAUGUCGCGGCGAUUCUUCUCCCGAAGAAGACGAGGCAACAGCUUCAGCAGCAGCGCGGGCUCUAGUGCUAUUAGUAGCGGGGCUCGUUCCGAUGGCGUCAAGAGGCGCGGGUGGCGGUCGCCGCGCCGGGCGGGGGGGGGGCGGGGGGGGGGAGGGGAGGGGGGGGAUG